AAUCACUUUGGACGCCUUGGGCUCGUUUGAUUGGUUGGCUUUUAUGUUGCAGAACUGUGACGCAACUAGUGCUAGAAAGGUAACUAGCCGGGAGUUGCGGCUCACAUUCCGGAAGGGAGAGGACGAGGCAAGAUGUGCGACUUUUCAGAUGAUCAGAUUAUCGACUUCAAGGAGUCCUUCCAACUUUUUGACCGUGUGGGCGAUGGCAAGAUCUACUACAGCCAGUGUGGGGACGUCAUGCGGGCACUGGGGCAGAACCCCACUAACGCUGAGGUGAUGAAGGUUCUGGGAAACCCAAAGUCUGAAGACCUGAACACCAAGACACUCGAGUUUGAACAGUUCCUCCCCAUGCUGCAAGCAAUUGCCAAGAACAAGGAUUUGCCUGGAUUGGAAGAAAUGCUAGAAGGGUUUAAAGUCUUUGACAAGGAGGGAAAUGGAUUUGUUAUGGGCUCUGAGAUCCGUCAUGUCCUCAUUUCUCUGGGAGAGAAGUUGACAGAAGAUGAAGUAGAGACCCUUUUAAGUGCUCAUGAAGAUGCCAAUGGUUGCAUUAACUAUGAAGAACUUAUCCGGACGGUAUUGAACGGCUGAAUUUUCUCCAUAGUUUAACUCUGCCCAGUGGGGAUGAUGUGCGGGGGGAAGUUAGUUAGCAAUUUAUCCACCCCUUCACUAGAGGGGAAGACAGGCUAUUUAGUAAGUGCCUUUUCUGCUUCCUCGUGGUCCAAUCAUUCACCCCCCCUCUCCUCUCAGAAGUGAUGAAUUCUCAUUCUUUCUGUGACAUCGCAAGGGAGGCCGAGAGCUACAGAUUCAACCGUCAUCAGAAGAAAUUGUGGCUAAGGAAUUUUUUGUAUCCCCCUCCUGCUUCUCCUUAAUUCAGUAGUGAGCAGAGAAAGAUAAAUUAUUCAAAUUUCUAUUUUUCCCCGUCCAACCUCAAAUAAACGGAGUGACUUUUUUUUUU